AUGACCGUUUGGCUUCAAGUGGCCCUCGCGGUCGUCAUGUUCCUCACAACCGCCAUUGCCGGCUUCAUUCCGCUGAAGCUUCUGCGAUUUCUCGACAAACGGCAUGGCGAUAACAAGAAGCACGGCAGAUGGCUCUCACUGCUCUCGUGCUUCUCCGGCGGUGUUUUCAUGGGAACGUGCUUCCUCGACAUCAUACCCCAUAUU